AUGACUAUUAAAAUACGCCAAUUUCUACAAGUAGGCAUAGGAAUCUCAGCCAACACCUUUCUCCUUCUCUUCCACAUCUUCACUCUCCUUCUGGAUCACAGGUAUAAGCCCACGGACUUAGCCACCUGUCACUUGGCCUUUGUGCACAUGAUGAAACUAUUCACUGUACUGUUUUUGUUGUCUACAGACCUGUUGGAAUCACUGAACUUUCUGAGUGAUUUCAAAUGUAAGGCUUUGUUUUAUAUGAUCAGAGUGACACGGGGUCUCUCCAUGGGCAACACCUGCCUCCUGAGCAUGCUCCAGGCCAUCAUCGUCAGCCCCAGCACGUCCUGGAUGGCCAGGUUUAAACAUAAGUGCACACAGCAACUCUUCCAUCCUUUUAUCAUCUUGUGGUUUCUCAGUCUCUCUCUCAACAGUCCCUGCAUCUUCUACUUUGCUGCUCCUUAUAAUGUGACCCAGAGCAAUCUACUGACUGUCAGUAAAUACUGCUCAGCUUUCCGCAUAAGCUCCAUCUUCAAGGGACUGCUUCUCACGUUGACAUUAUCCAGGGAUGUUUUCUUCAUAGAGGUCAUGCUUCUCUCAAGUGCAUACAUGGUGGUUCUCUUGUCCAGGCAUCAGAGGCGGUGCCGGCACCUCCACAGCACCCGCCUCUCCUCACGAGUCUCCCCAGAGAGAAGGGCCACCCAGACUGUCCUUCUGUUGGUGAGUUUCUUUGUAGUUGUGUACUGGCUGGAUGUCAUCGCCUUCGCAGCUCUGUUAUGGAGCUAUGGCCCUGUCAUCCUGGAUGUCCAGAGGCUUGUGUCCAAUGUCUAUGCCACUGUCAGUGCAUUGGUACUAAUCAGUUCUGGUAAAAGGGUAAAGAUGUGUUUCAAGAGUGUAGAACAAUGA